CUAACCGGACCAAGCAAGCCCAGUCGAGGUUGCGGUACAUGCAAGAAGCGAAAGAUUAAAGUGGGUCGACCAACAUGCACACAAUGCGAGAAGAGUUCGCGGGUGUGUCUAGGCUAUAAGGAUGAAGCGGACUAUAUCUUCCGUAACCAAACCGAGAAGGUUACCAGUAGAGUCACAAAGACAAGGNNGAAGCCACGAGCAUCCAAAUCUCCUGAUUCGACCAGCAAGGGAAGUGCGGUGACAUUUCCAAAAGCCGUUACGACCGAUGUGUCGUCCAACCUGCCAAUGACUUUCGUCGACACUCAGCCAAAGUCUAGCUCGCAUAACCAGUUAAUUCUCAUGCAGGAGCCCUCGCAAAGUGACCUUGAAGCUUUGACGACUAUAUACAAACAGCCUUCUUUCUCAAUAGAGGAAGAGGUCGUCAAUGUCUAUUUCAGGAAUUUUGCUCGCUUAUACAGGACUCAAGAUACAGUCCGAGGAUUCCUUCCAUAUCUGGCUCCCAUGUAUGCCAACUCCCCAAAAGGAUCUUUACUACGGACCGCGACUCAUGCAGCAGCAUUAUGUGCUAUAUCACAAUUGCCUAACCAGAAGCCUUUGCAAUAUCGUGCAGCCGAUACUUACGGGAAGGCUAUGCGAAUUGCCGCAGAGGCUCUUCAAGAUCCAGUACAAGCAACAUCUGAUGAGACUCUACAAGCGACUUUGCUGUUAUGUCUCUACGAGGCCACGGACCACUCUAUCGAUGCAUGGUCAAAUCACGUAGAAGGCGCGAGCGCGAUUGUUCAAAGCAGAGGAACGGCACAACUUGAGACCGAGCAAAGUUUGGCACUCUUCCGUGCAGCCAGAACUCAUAUGCUCAUCAACAGCAUAAGACAAGGCAAGCCUACGAAACAGCUCGAGGCAGGAAUGAAUUGGCUUUGCGAUCCUACCGAAGACGACCCACUGGCCUAUCUCACUCACUGCACCAUCGAACUUCCGUCGUUGAUGGAAAGGACCCGACGAGUCUGUGAGCGACAACGCAACACCGAAAGCAUGGCAGACAUGGAAGCAUUGAUCGAGCGAGCAUGUCAUCUAGAAGCCACCAUGCAGAACUGGGUAGCAUCGCUAUCUGACGAUUGGCUUCCAUACACGACCGACUACAUACCAGAGAAGCCAGCCGAUCCUCUCAACGCAGAUGCAUGGGUGGGACCUGUACAUGCGUUUGUUGAUGCGCAUAAAGCCAGCGUUCUGAACAAGCUACACUCAUGUCACAUGCUCUGUGCUGCGGUGAUUCUGGACGCACUAGAAUGGCUUCGACCAUAUGAUUAUCCCAUGGACGAUCGCUACAUCCACACGCGGUGGAUCGAACAACGCACUGUUGAUGAUAUCUGCUCAAGUGUUCCGUUCUUCUUGAAGUGUUCCGUUCUUCUUCGGACGCCGGAUCAGAUGGACACCAUAGCAGAUCUGAUUGGCGGCUACUCGCUCAUAUGGCCUCUUCACGCAGCCGCCAGUUGCCCGCGUAUAAUGAAGGAUCAAUGGCUGUACAUCUAUGGCCGUCUUGCCAAGAUAGCAAAAGAUUGCGGACUAGAGCAGGCUCUCCUCAUCUCGUCAGAUGUCAAGGACAAGUUUGUACCCGUACCUAGUGCUUGA